AAGUAGUCGCGCUGUUUGUUGACUUGCUUAACCGCGCCUGUGUCAUUUUUCCAUUGUCGUAAAUACCCCCCAUUUUGCGUCAGAAAUUAUCGGAAAACUCUCCGUGUGCCCGAUAAAACGUCCGCGCUACCCUGAAGGUGCAGUGCCAGUGCCAGUGACGACUCGAUUUUGUAAUUUGGUGUCCUCUCCCAGCCAGCCUACUUGAUGCAAGUGGAUUAUUCUGUGUACGCGCCGCAAUGUUGAGUUAAAAAUGUUUACUUAGCGAUAAACGCGCGAUUGUGUUUGUGGGACUGCUAUUUUAGUUUCUUUACGAAUAUAUGCCACGUAGCAGUGUUAGUGGGUUAUUUUUGGUAUAAUACCGCUCGUUUUUUGCUAGUUCUGCUGUAGUGAGGUUUAUUUUGUGUUCGAGACCAAGUUGCGUCCGACGGUGUCGACAGUACCAGUUCUUUCAUUUACAAUAAGUAGGAAUAGUACCUAAAUCACAGUGAAUUUAGUGGAGUGCAAGCAGUUUCUUAAACAAUCAGUGUGCCAUUUUAAGGAUUACUUUUUAUUUACUUGGAUUAUACAAGCUCUUUAUCGAUUGUUGCUUAAGGAUUGAAUGGAAUGCAUUGAUGUUUUCUCAUUUUGGAGCUAUUAAAGGAUGUCGGCAAGAUUUUUAUUGACGCCGGCCCCGCGCUGGCUGCGCCGCACAGCUGGAUAACUGUAAUAAAAUUCUUUAACAAAAAGAUCUGAUCUAAGCAGGUUUAACCUGCAGGUCAUGGAUGUUACGUUUACAAACGUAUUGGAGGGGGCGCGACAAUACUUUCAGGGGCUGCCAACGGGCACCAGCUCAACGGUGGGCCCCCCAUAUUCGACGGAAGGUCACCGUAGAAAUGACCACGAACAAAAUCAAGAAAUGCCCCCAUCCUCGAAUUCAUACUGGCCCCCUCAGCCAACCGAACCAGCAAGGCCACCAACUAGAGAACACACGCCCGUGCAGAGACCGUCAUCACACAGCUCUGACUCCUCCAGGCCUCCAUCACACUCGCAGUAUAAUCCGAAUGUGGAACAGAGCAGGAUUCACUAUCCUGGAUCCUACCAAGAACAGUAUACGACAGCUCAACAGCAGCAGCAGCAGCACCAGCAGCAGCAGCACCAGCAGCAGCAGCACCAACAGCAGCAGCACCAGCAACACCAUCAGCAGCAGCAACAUCAGCAGCAGCAACAGCAUCAGCAACAACAGCAACAGCAACAACAGCACCAGCAACAACAGCACCAGCAUCAGCAGCAACAUCAACAGCAGUCUUUCCAGUUUCCACGACCACAGCAGUCAAACCAUCCACAAUACCAGUCACACGUCCCCACUAGUUCGCCUUAUUAUCAGAUACCUUCGCCUUAUCAUCAAACACCUUCUCCUCAGCUUCCUCGAGCUCCAUCCAGGGAACAAGUGGUGCCUAGAGUUCCUUCAAGGGAUCAGGCGAUUCCCAGAGUUCCUUCUCGAGAACAAUUAAUUCCUCGGACUCCUUCGCGGGAACAAAGUAAUUCACAGAUACCCUAUCCGCAAGCUACAGAAAGCUACAAUAACUAUUCCCAAUCCCAUUCCUAUUAUUCUGUCCAAUCUCAGGCAAAACCCAUGCCAAGCAGUAACACGUAUAAAACAACUAUGUCGAGUCAUUCGUAUCCCGUGGUAUCGCAACAACAACAACAAAAUGCUUAUUACAAACAAAUUUAUUCGGCUGAGAGUCAAAUGCCUCAUCAAAAUGUUUACUCGAACACGAGGCCGAGUAACACACAAAUUUCAGAACUAAGUCGUCAACAUCAGCAUCAAAAUAGUCAAACAGCGAAUGUUUCAAAUGAGAGUGCAGAGCAAGGGGGUAUUAGAACAACUCAUAAUUUACCGCCAAUAGCCGCGUUGUCCAAUUACCAUUCCAGUCGAGGUACUAGAGAGCCUACUAGACCUACUAUUAGUAAUUCUCGAACGAGGCCGUUUUCUUCUAGUUCGUACACUGCAAAUACCAGCCAACAAAAUUCGGUAGCAACUAGUAAUUCUUCCAUUAUACAACAAACUCCAGCUAGAUCUCUUCCAAAUGCAUCGUUAUCUACAUCGAUUUCAAAUUACCAUCAAAGUUACCGCCCUUACACAUCGCAGCCUCAACAGCAUCACAGUCAGUAUCAGUAUCCAGUGACUGUUACGACGCAAAGCUAUACCCAUGUUAUUAUGACAACUGCCACUAAUAGCUCCAACUAUUAUCCUGUUCCUCCAACCCAAACCACCCAGUCUUCCAGCCAACUAAAUUAUCAUUCAGCAAAAUCAAAUUCACAAAAUAUACCAAGGUGUCAGUCUUCUACAGUUGCUUCAAAUCAACAACAACACAAUUCCGUUGAUCCCAACUUGAAUGGAAAGUUAAUCACUAAACGAGAGUCCCCUCUUGAUUUGUCUGUAAAAACAGUUAGAACUCCUGCAGAUUCUACUUUAGGAGAUACGGAAAGCGAAGCUAGAAUUAAGUAUUAUUUAGGAAAUAGAACUGCCCAUUCGUCUAUAUCUACACAUAACUACCCACAGCUUGAUGUUAAUUCUUUUCAAAAAAAUUUAACACAGCGGUCCUCUGCGCAGAUGCCAAGUGCCACGGCACCGAAAGUGGAAUUUCGUCCUAAUUUUAACGUACCCUCUUUGAAUCAGCCACCAAAACACAUUAAACGUUCAACUGAGGAUCCUAAAAGAAGUGUCAUGCCAGAGAAAGCUCAUUCUAGUGGAAGAGCUGUAUAUAAUAAUAAAAAUGUUCCCUAUCCAAUGAAUAAUACUAACCGAUAUCCUACUGUCUCCAUUCCAUCUGCUGCUCAUGUCAAUUCCUACAUUCAAGCUCAGGAAGUACCCUUCAAAAAUCAGCAGUCGACUAGUGUCUCCAGAACUGAUUUCCCAACGCCAAACCACAAAACAAAUUCUGUGUAUGCCGUUCCAUCACAGGACCUGCAGAAAAAACGUCCAGCUGACGUGGCACCUCAGAUAGUUCCUAAUAAAUUUCCAAAAUUGAUCACUGAUCACUGGCGAGAAUCAAUAGAUAUGCAGAUUGAAGAACGGUUGUUGAGUUAUAAACAACAGCAACAAGCAAAACUUUCAGUUGCAACAUCAAAACCUUCAAUAAUCAAUGGCUCUUACACUUCCAUUAGUCAAGACAAACCGAAGGAUGUAUAUCCGAUGUACCAGAAACCCAAUUACGAAAAUAUAGCCCAGCAUGCUUCCUAUAGUCAGGCACAGAGCCGUUAUCAUACUCAGCCUAAUCACAGUCAAACUUAUGUUCCUUCUCCAGCUACACAUCAAUAUCCUGGUUAUGCCGGACUCACGAACCAGCAACCACAAAUUCCAAAUGCGGCAUCUUUGAAUGCUACAUCAAGAUCAAAUUCCAACUCAUCUUUGACUAGUGCAGUGUCCAAUACCAAGAACCAUUUGGGUGGAGCAGUAGACAAAAGAGUGAUAGAUUUACUUAAAAAUAGCUUGGAAAUGAAAGGACAGAAGAAAGUAUUUGAACAACUUAAAUCACAUGAAAAUUAUACACAACAUCCUAGGUCUGAUAUCCAACACCCAUCUACAGAUGUCACAGCCCCUCUUCAGCCAAAACCAGGAGUCAUUGGAAGGAACAACGUUUCUCCGUUUACCCCUACUAGUUUCCCAGACAAUAGCAACAUGGCGUCAAUAUAUAAUAAAUUUCAUAUUCCUAAAGCAAUUGAUUCAGUCAAUUUUGAAAUUAAUAAAAAUCAAAAUCCUGCAAUAGAAAAACAAAUUUUAGAUACUGUGAUAACAAAUCAUACUGCUUCUAAUUCUGAUUAUGAUGGCCUUGCUGCAUUUUUAGCAGCUAGAAUUCGAACCAAAGGAGAAUUAAAACAAGGAGGACCCACUAAUCAAAAUAUUAGUAAUAACAAUAGUUCUAUAACAGAAUCAAGGCUGCAAGGUAUUAUAGAAAAUCAACUUAAAUCUCCUAUGAGACAGGAUACAUCACAGAGCUCAGCAUAUUGUGCAAGCAGUGGAACCACAACAAGUUCAAGUCCUCCAAAGAUGUCAAAAGAUCGGCUGACUGCUUUUGCUCCUAGAAAGAGAUUGUUCAGUAGAAAUGAAGAGGAUCCUAGCAACAACUCUGUACCCCCAAGAGACAAAUCGGGACUUCGAAGUUCUUCUGAAACAUCAGUUUUCGACUUUCCUGAUUCUGAUUCAGAAACAGAUAUGAAUGGAAGAGAAUCUCUUGAAGCAAUGAGGAAAGGCAGAAAGUCUUCUUUAAAACAAUCUACGCCCAUAAACAGUAUUGAAAUUAAGGUGGAAUCUCCAGGACUUGUAAGUCCAUCUGAUGAGGUUUUUGCUAAACUCUGUGAUAAUUUUGUAGAACAAUUAAAAAGUGGUGCGGUGAAGAAAAAAAUUAAAAGAAAAAAGCCUUUGGAACCUGAGGUACUUGCUAAAUUAGAACCGUUUGCUAAACCUCUGGAGAAUAUUAAGCCUGAAGCUGCAGAAGUAAAAGAAGAGAUUAAAGAUUUUAAUAAACUUGAAAGUAGUCCACAGGUUCUACCAAUUAAAAUAAAAGAAGAAAAUAGUGAUGUUCCUUCCUCAACAGAAUCAAAAAUAACUUCAACACCUGAAAGUGAGCUUAAGCAACAAAUUGAAACUGAUUCUAAAUCAAACACUGAUAGCCCGAUUAAGAAAGAAGAUCCUAUUUUUGUUAACAAUAAAGAGAAUGUGAGAAGAAGGCUUGUUUCUUCAAGUGAUAGUAGUGACAGUGAGACUGAAACAAAGAAAAAUUAUAAUCAGAGUAGUAAAAAUAUCGACAUUAAGCCUUUGAAUUUGCCCAAAACAUCAGAAGUGUUGAAGGAAUGCAAAGAAGAGAAGAAAGAAAACGAUUCUCCACAAAAAUCAAAUGAUAUUCUCCCCAUUAUUCGACCUGCCAAAAAACCUUCCUUUGGAGAUGGCUCUGACUUUUAUCCUGGAUGGGAGGAAGGGGUUUAUAAAUACAAAAAAUCAUUGCGGAUGCCUCCAACUCUCAUUCAAGUUUCUAGGCCUCCACAGUUUCACAGACUGUCUACAUCUUUGCCAGAUCUAGAUCCAUGUCCACAAUCUCCUACUACGUCAAUAGUCGCUGAUGGCGAAAAAGAAAACACUGGUAAAACUAAGUUAAAGAAGAUUAAGUCGGAACCUUUAGAUAGUGAUAAUGAAUCAAAUUCUAGUUUAACUUUGUUCAACAAGAAAACAAAUUAUGAUUCCGAGGGUAGUGCAUCGAUUAGAAGUUUACCUAAUACUGCAAAGGAAAUGUCAAUUAUAGAUAAGUUAUUAGAAAAAUAUGGAGGUAAAAAGAAGAGGAAAAUUAAAAGAAAGGAAGAUCACAGUCCUAAAAUCAUACCUAAAGCUGAAAAUUCUGUUGAGCUUUUACCAACUCCCGGUUUGGAAAUAAAGAAGGAAAGUGGCAAAGAGGUGAAAAAGUUGGCUGCUCCUGUGAUAAAGUCUGAAUCGGCUUUGCUGGGUUUCAGGAGAACAACUAUAAAUAACUUCAAAGACGCUUUUAUAAAAAAUGCUAACAAUAUCGUAGGGGUGAAUGAACAGUUCACGACCGUUGUUUUAAAAUCUCGCACAAGAAAGGAAACUAGAGUCCUUAAGCAAAGAGCUACGAUUAAAGAGGUAUUUGGUGAAGAUAGACCAGCUUCUGCACCUCCAGUUACCUGUGUUAAUGAUAUUCAGAUAAAGGAAGAAACUACUAUAGAGGAAAGCAGCUGCAUAGGCAAUUUAAUAGUAAAAUUAGAGAAACAAAAUGACAUAAUAGAAAAGCAAAGUGAAGUUGAAAAUUUGAAUAAAGCGGACAAAGAAAAUGAGGUUGCAGACACCAAACAAAUGUUGAAACAUAAAUUAUUAAAUAAGGGCAAGAAAAAAGAAAAGAACAGUUUGCUGAAAAACAUAGCCGAUAAGAAGAUUAAAAUGGAGAUUCAAGAUGAGAUUGAGGAUGAGACAAGAAGCUUAGACGACGUUAUAAUCAAGCGAGAUCCUGACGAUAAAUCUGAGACACCAUCCAUAGACGGAGAUGACGGAAGUGUAUCAGGAAAACGACGUGGAAAAUUUGGCAAAAUGCGGAGAAAGUUGAGUUCAGGAUUUGAUUACAUAAGAAAAAAGAAAAAAGUUAAAAAAGAAGUCGUGGAAAAUGAUUGUGGGGAGAAGAAAAAGAAGAAGAACGUUUUAUCAAAAACUCUCGAGUCAGUUGAUGAUAUUCAGAAAGAAAUUAAGACAUGGGUUUUGAACAAAGGAAUAGGUGAAACUCAUCUGCACAGAUCUGCUAGAUUAGGAUACACGGAUGUCACCGCCUACUGCUUGGAAAAAAUGGAUUGUCAACCGUCUCCAAAGGACAACGCUGGUUACACACCACUUCAUGAAGCUUGUUCAAGAGGGCACUUACAUAUUGCAAAAUUACUUCUUUUGUACGGCGCUAAUGCCAGUGAAAGUGCUCAAGGAGGAAUUAGGCCACUUCAUGAAGCAGUAGAAAAUGGUUUUGUAGAAAUUGCAAGGUUACUUCUGUCAUAUGGUGCAGAUCCCACACUGGCAACCUAUUCUGGUUUAACACCGUUAGCUUUAACCAAUGAUGAAAUAACAAAAGAAUUCCUGAAAAAUCAUUUAAAUGACAUUGAGGGCGAACCAUCACCUGCAUGGAUAUCCUACGGUCCAGCCUCCUUUUUUGAUCCUAUUGAUGACAUUGGUUACAAUAUAAUGGAUGAUAUUCCGGACCAAGAUCCAGAAUCCGAAGAGGAGGAUAUUGAAUUUGAAAUGUCGGAAAGUCUCUUACCUAACUUGUACACUUUAAGGGGGGAAUCACCGAGUGAUCGAUGGAUCCUUCUUCAGGACCUAUCCAACUUGUUGAAGAUAAAAUCUAGAGACGCUCUGCUAAGGCAAAUAUGCCCGCCCUCGACGUCCAGUGCUAACGUGAACUAUAAAUGCGUUUUACGUGAACUGAAAAUGUCGGACUUCUUAGAACAAGCGCAUUGCUGUCAAUUUCUAAAUGCUGGUGAGAAAGUAAACACCCGUGCUUCGAAAAUAGCCUUAGUGAAAUACACGGAUAAAGUGAGGGAACUGUUAAGUGUCGAAACGGUGAUUAUAUCUGCGAGGUGACCCACAGACUACGAAACAGACUAACUUUUUCCAAUUUUAUCGUAAAGUCGUGAUAUUAAUUUUUAUGUGAUUAUUUUGCAAUUUGGUUGAAAAAUGGUGCAAAUUAAAAGGACGAUAAAAAAUUAUUUUUAUGUUAUAGUAUUUUUUUAAAAAAAAGUUUAUUUAUUUUUUAAGUUUAGUAAAUAAGUUACCAGCUUUAUAAUCAAUUUCUCUAUGAAAUAUUAGGCUACACCUAAAUAUCAUUAAUUAGGAUUUAAUGUUGUGAGAGUGCAAUUUUGUAACUUUGUCCACUGUUAAGGAUUUUAUUAUUUUUUUUUGGAAGACAUACUUUAGGUAAAUUUUUACAAAACGAAUCGAUACUCAAACCAAGUUAGUAUUGUAAGAUAAUUGUUAUCAAUUCGCUCAGGGACCGUACUCAUUUGAGAGUAUUCGUAUGAAUAAUAGGAAUAUUAUAAAUAAAUGUUUGUAUAAAUGUAUUAUACUCGUCAUGAGUGUUUAAACGACAAAAAAUCUGUACAUAAUUUCUUCCUUAUGUAUUUUUUUAAGGCUGACCAGCUUGAUUUUCUAUUUAAUAGAAUUAAUAAUUAAUUACUGUAUGUUAUCGUGACAUAUGUGUGCUUCUUAUAAUCAACUUAAAAAAAAAAGCGAAUUGUUUCAGUUCUUCUGGCUUAAUAUCGGGUAGUUUGUACAGAAAAAGAGUUAUCUGUGAUGCGCAACUGGAGGCAAAGUGCAAUGCUUUUUUGCAAACAUAUUGUGAUUUUGCCAACUUGUCCUAUCAGUGUGAAUUAGAAGAUAUUUUUAAUUUAUAAAUCAUUUUUUCACA